ACCGCCUGCCCCUCUCUAUACCCCCCCCCGGGGCCGUAAUUAAGCUGCCUCUGGGAGAGUCUGUAAUAAGCGGCUCCGUGGAGGGAAUUGCUGCCUCUCUGACACUUAUCUAUAUUCUGACAGGUUUGCAGUUGCCGGUUGGUGCUGCCGACAGGUUUGUGGUCGCCGGUUGGUGCUGCCGACAGAUAUCAGCCGCUGAUCCGUUUCGCAGGGUACCGGACCGGAGUCUUAACAGCGGAUCUGUCGCUAUGUGAAGAGCCAGACAUCAGACGCUGGCCUGUGACCACACAUGGACCUCCUGUCAGGACCCUCCAACAGCUCCGCAGGGGACGUCCAGCGCAAUGAGAACAGUUGGCAGGACUCAGUGAUUAUUAUUCCCGUGUUGCUCUCAGCCUCCACCGUCAUCGUGGUCACCAUCAUUUUAUGGAAAUCCAUACAGAGAAAAGGGAAGAAGGGGCGAGAAUCUUUCAACAGCCCUGCGGAGAAUGAUGUAGGGGGCGAAUGGGCUGUAAACGAUGGGGCAAUUUAUGAGAACUUCCCUGUCGUUGAGUCUUCGAGUCUGAAGAAGCUGGAGCUGCCGGAGGGGUGGAGGAUCAGGGAUCAGGUGGUGAUAUGCGCUGGACAGUACGGUCCAAUAAGCCGCGCGGUUCUGGUCGGAGACGGGGUUACUGGUGGGAAGCAGGACGUGGUUCUGAAGGAGCUGUCUGAGGAUUUUAGUCCCGGUGAAGCCCAAGACUUCGUUGACCUCAUGAGGUUCCAUGUCGAGGUUUGUAACCACGAGAACCUGGUGAAGGUGUUUUGGUGUCAGACAAAAGUGAGACCCCUUCGGCUCAUCCUGAAGGCCAUGACCCCUGGAAAUCUGCUGGCGUUUCUGUGGCGUUCACGCGAGGAGCAUCCUAUGGACACAGAGUCUCUUUAUAAAAUCACAGAGAAACGCGUCUUCCACAUGGCUUCCCAGGUGGCGAGUGGGCUGAAAUACCUGUCAGGAAGACAUAACCUGGUUCACGGCUUUGUGGCGGCGUGUAAUGUCCUGAUCCACGAGGAUAUGAGUGUUCAGCUGUGCGGCCUCGGGCUGGCAGCCAUAAUGCACCGGACAGGUAGCAUCCCGACAAGAAGGGCUGCUCAGGUGCCCCUGAAGUGGCAGUCCCCUGAACGGCUGAGCGGAUCGGUCCCCACCGAGAAGUGCGACGUGUGGGCUCUUGGAAUUUUACUGUACGAGAUGGUCACGCUCGGUGCGCCCCCUUACCCAGACCUGGAGCCCUCUCAGCUGCUACCAAAGCAGAAUGGAGCGUGCAGGAUGGAGCGGCCGGAGCAGUGCAGCCGGCAGCUGUACGAGGUCAUGGCGGACUGCUGGACAUGGGAAGAUUUACAAAGGCCUUGCCUUACAGACGUGAUGAAGCAACUGCAGAUCCGCAUGGAGCAGGCAGAAGCACAUGCGCCUCUGACAGCCGCCCCCAUGAUAAGUCACAGCGACUACGCACGCCUGACUGGGAUUUCUCUAUGAUGAGACACAAGGCCUAACUGCACGUUAACCAUGGCUGUGCCGCAGCAUGGUCAAUGGAACGGGCAGUUAAAUGUAGGUCUAUGUGUUUGGUGGUUACAGAGACCAAACGGCAGCACUUGGCCUGUAGGAAGAGCUUUCCACCCUCGUGGGUCAUUGGAUUUGUUUAAACGUCUGAUGGGGGUGUGGGGUAGUUAUAUGAUUAGGGAUUAGAUCAUCAUCUUUUUAGUUCAUCCCACAAAGAAGGGACAGAAGAGAAAAGCCGGUAUCCGUGAACUGAAAACCUCUUUAUUACAUACAUGUAGCUGAAAAUACUCCAGACAGGACCCGUGGUGUAUUGACAAUGGCUUUAUUUAAUCACACAUGGUUACACUAUGUCACAAUUUCACAGUUCAGCCAGAAUAGUCUUCUAAUAAAUGGAUGUUUUCUCAAUGAA